GGGAAUGUUGUUGUGUUCAGGAGACGUGGGAGGCAGCGAAGCACAUCCAUGUGACAGACCUCCUGAAAUAGAAGCAGCCAGGCUUCCUGAGUAGAGUUCACAGGUGAAGUCAUACGAUUUGCAAGUCUCCAAAGAAAAAGAGCCACACUUUUUUUCUGUCGACCAGAUCCUCCAACAUGGGCGAAGAUGCUGCUCGAGCUGAUCAAAGCUCAUCCACUCUGCCUGCUCAAACCAACUCUGAGGCCUCCCCUGCUCCAGCGGUGGAGGCCCAGGAUUUCUUCAUCCCCAGUUCAACUCCUACCUCCCCGACUCACACUCUCACCCGGAACAAAUCUCCAGCCAGCCCAACAGGGCCCGCAACCCAGGUGAGCGCCAUCACCGUAGUGGCGCUGCUCGACCAGCUGGUGGUGAUGAUCGAGACUGUGCAGGAAAACCAGCGGCGCAUGGAGAAACGCCAGGCUGAUCUGGAGGGCACUGUGCGGGCCGUGCAAGCCGACUUGACUCGCUUGAGCAAGAGCCAUACGGCAACCUCUGGCGGGGUCAACAAGCUGCUCGAGCGCUCGCGCAAGACUGGCAUCUACGUCAAGGAAGUGCGCGAGCGCCUCGAUCGCCAGAGCGGCCAGGUAAAGCGUCUGGAGAUCAACCAUGCACACCUGCUCAAGAGGAAUCACUUCAAGGUGCUCAUUUUUCAGGAGGACAACGAGAUUCCCACCACCUUGUUAACCAAGAAUUCGUCAGUAGAUAUUUCCUCUGUGCAGGAUGAGGGCAAUGCCUCUCAAAGGGCUUCAGUGAUCGAUCCCAACCACUCCCAUGAAGAAGGAUUGCAGACCAUCAGCCUUUCCUCUGAUGAAGAGGAAGGAGCAGCGAGCUCCCCACUGAGUGGCACCUUGCCCAGAGAGCUGCAUGAGGAUGAGUUCCCAGGACCCGACAGUGAUCGUCUGGAGUGGUCUCGCACUGACAAGUUUAAACGGUCCAGCCUGAAGAAGGUCGACAGCCUUAAGAAGGCCUUCUCACGCAGCAGCAUCGAGAAGAAGAUCAACAAGAUCGUGCCCCCAGAGCGGCGCGAAAAGAUCAUGAAGAGCUUCACUCCCAGCCAUCCCAAAAGCCCGACCAACAAGAGCUCAUCAUUUCGGGUCUCACCCAUGACUUUCAACGUCAAGAAAACGAGAGAUGGAGAAGGUGAGGCACCUCUGGCUGUGGCUGAAAAUGCAACAGUGGAGGUGCCCCCGAUGGGGGGACCAGAUGGUCAGCUACCGAUGGCAGAGGUCCAUAACGAAGAGGAAAAGUUUAAUGGGAAGGAGCACAGUCCAUCCAGCACAGGCAGUGCAGAUGGGGCCUCAGCUACAGAAGACGCAGAGUUCGAAAAUGGUCCAACAGACAAGGUUGCAGAAGAAGAAGUUGAAGAAGAAGAAAAAGUAGACGACGAGGAGUUACAGGAGCCCAAACAAGCAAAUAAUGUCGCAGAAUCUCACGAGAACGGCGAUCAUAACGUUGGAGACAAAGAGGAGUCCAUGUCUGCACCUGAAUCUCCCCCGUCAGCUGCAGUAGCCAUCCAACAAGCUUCUUAAAUUUACUAGCGUUCCAUCUAUUCCGGAGAUCUUGGCACGGGAGUGCAGCCUCUCUUCAAAGUUGUGUUAUGUAAGGGCUUGUCUGAUAGAAAACAGGGCUCUUGUUUUCUUUUUUCCCUUGAAUUGGGCUCUACAUGGUAAUGGGUAUAAACUAUUCAAACAAAAUGAUUAGUGUUUUAUCACACUUGAUAUGGUACACUUGGUAUAGCGUUAUCUACUUGUAUAUAGUCUUAAACCUCUGUUGCAUGCAAAUCUAUACUUCAUCUUAUUAUUCUUCCUAACAUACUCUCCUACAAGGGAUAAUCAAAUCAAGUGUCAUAUAGAGUAAUCAAGAGAUUACGAAAUAGAGAUUGAGCGUGCCCUUUUUCUACAAAAUAAAAUUAAAUGUCAUAAAAACAACAAAAAAAAACUUAAAUAAAAUGCUGUAUAUUGUCUGCUUUUACCAAAUAUUGUUUACAACUUCAAGUAAACUGCUUUUGAACUGAUAACAAGGACAAAUUGCUUUUAAUAAAAUGUUAAUCUGA